AGGGAGGGAGGUGGUAAGGGAUGCCACCCUUCGCCUCCGUUCUGCACUUGGGACAAGGGACAGCAGAACAGGAGUCCUCUUCUGCUUUUACUUCCUGCCCAGACCUGCCCGGACCUCGCAUCUUAGCACUCGUGGCCUUGGGCAAGGUGCAUGUCACUGGGGCUUCAUCUCUCUUCUGCCACGGUACAGGGUGUUGUACUGACGUUUUCUUCAGCAGUCUUCUGUGGCAGGCCUGAUUCUCUUAGGAUCAAUGUCGUCAUCCUCAGGGGGGCCCUCCGUUUCUCCUUGAGAAGGUCACACAGAUGAAGGGAAAUGUCAGGCUGCUUUACCUUGGGCUGGGGUCCUGGACAGUUGAUGGCCGCAGGGUUGUGAGCCCAUGCUGGUCAGAAGCCUAUGAUGGGUACGUAGGGAGUUUUUUCUAUUAAAGGAAUAUAGGAAAUUAAAUGAUUACAUAAUAAACACUGUUUGCUUGGUAGAAACAAAUCUUUUUAAAAACGGGGUUCCUGGGGAAGUGUGUGGGGGAAGGCAGCAGCAUUGAGGAGGCUUGGAAUCGCUGCUGGAGCUCACUGAACCUCCGGGCACUGCGACCUAACAGCUCCUUAGUCACUAGUCAGCAUUUGCUAAGACUGACAGAGAGGAGGGUGCUGUGCCCCGAGGGGAGCCUCCAGGCUCCGUGCAUUCAACUGCGAGAGCCUCCGUGUCCUUGCGGCACCCCCGGGGCUUCCCUCAAGCAGCACUGCCUGGUGUCCGUCUCUGAUGGGGUCUGUUGGAACUGCGGGUUGGGGAGGCCCUGGGAGUUGGGAGAGGUGGUUCUGGUGCUUGGGAAUCCCGGUGAAGCUGAGAACAGUUGCCCAUCUUGCCUUGGAGUCUGACAUUGUAAUCCUGUUUGUUUGAUUCAUUCAUUUAACAAAAUGGCAUAGACCCCUAUUGUGUGCCGGCGGGUGCCAGAAGCCAGUCCAGCAAGAUGCAGUCGUCGUUCUCAGCACACUCAGCUUUCGUCUGGAGGAGAGAGCGCUGAUGUGUCUGAUGGAACCUGGGGCCAGGUUAUCACUGCUGUUCAUGUCAGCGUUUUACUAGUGCUCACCAUUUACCCAGCCCUCUGCAGAGCGGAGCUCUGGGCAGCCAGAGGUGGUUGUGUGGACACUGUCAUGGCCACAGGGAGCUCCCAGUCUAGUUGGGGAAAUGGAUGUGAGGAGAAGAGUGUGCGCCUGGGCAGCAGCAGAGGCGUGUGGGCAGUGCGACCCACAGGGACCCGCUCCCUGCCUCCGGGGGUGGGCAGUGGACCUUUCUGCUUUGUGAAGCUCAGCAGGCAUUGUAAUGAUGCCACGAGCCAUGGCCUGAACUGUGCAGGUGGAACCUGGCUCUCUGGCCAUUGCCACGGCUGUUGGGGAGUCCCUGAAGGACAGGGGAAUGGAGGGGAGGAUUCAGCUGUAAUCUCAGAGCACCCACGUCCAGCCUUUGGCCCUUGGUGACCUGGGGGAUGUAACUGUGAGCCUCGCGGGCUGUCUCUGCCCGCAGGGUCAGGGUGGGCCCUUGACGGGCUUAGUGUUUUCUUAGAUGAUGAUUUCCUUGACUCUCCAAGGCUCUUGAGAAUCUUGCAGUUGGUUUCGGUCACAGUUGCUUGGCAAAAACGGAACUGCUGAACAGAGUGGCCUGAUUUCUUUAGCCUGUCUCCCUCUCUCCAACCUGGAACGGGCCUUGCUGCCCGUUCAUGUGGCGAGGGCCCCUCCUCGUGCCUUGGGGCUCCUGAGCAGCUUUCCUAGAAGGGAGAACCUCAGCUCCCCAGCUGUGUCCUUACAGGAUCCAGGCUUGGAGCAAGGACAAAGCCAGGGACCAUGGGGCACCCCAAGCUGCCCAUUUUCCUGGGAAGGGCACAGUGGCCCGACCGGAGCUGUCACUUUAGGCUGGGCUUGGUGGGGAAUAGGGGGUCAAUCCUGCCCUCCUUGCCGUGGCUGCUGUCAGCACAUGUCAUUCACGUCGUAGCCAUUCGUGGGGCUCCUUCCUGCGGCAGCGUGGCGGGGCCGAGGCCACGCACUGGAACCUCAGCUGGGCUCCAGCGCCCUGCUGAGGAGACCAAGCAGCCACGUUGCCUGUGCUCCAGCGGCUCUGAGGCCCCUUCCCGGGAGUCUGUUGGGUGUCAUCCUGUAGCUCAGAGCCAGGCGAAUGGUGGUGGGGAGGGGGCUUCCUGGGGUGACAGCAAAGCUCUGUGUCCACAGGUGGGCAGAAUGCAUGCUGCAGCCCUGUGGGUGGACAUGGUGGAAACCUUCCUCUGUGUGGCAGAAAAUGUGACUCAGAUCUCUGGGAACUUGGGACAGGAAAGUUCCCUGAGGGGCAUGUAUGGGGAGGCUGCAGAAAGUGUCCCCCCAUUUCAUGUUUGUGAUGGCAGCUCAGGAUAGACAGACACCAAGAGGGUGGCCUUGGGCAGCAGCCAGUGAGGAGAGGCAGGAUGGGGUUAAGCUUCGCACAUCGAGGGCCGGGCGCGGUGGCUCACACCUGUAAUCCCAGUACUUUGGGAGGUCGAGGCGGCGGAUCACUUGAGGCCAGGAUUUCGAGACCGGCCUGGCCAACAUGGUGAAACCCUGUCUUUACUAAAAGUACAAAAAUUAGCCAGGCGUGGUGGUGGGUGCCUGUAAUCCCAGCUGCUCGGGAGGCUGACAGAACCACUUGAAUCCGGAAGGCGGAGCUUGCAAUGAGCCAAGAUCGCGUCACCGCACUCCAGCCUGGACUACAGAGUGAGACU